AUGUCGAUCGCAGGCAUGCCCUACCCCUUCUUCACCGGCGGCCCCGCCUACCGGUCCAAGGUAUUGGUUCCAUCCGAAGAAAUGGACGCCAGAAACUCACGAGAGCCGGAUUCACACACCAACUUGAUCAGUCCCAGUUUCGAUGGACGUACUUUAGCCGGCUCCGACCUGGUCAUGGUGACCGCCGCAGAACUAGGCGCCCCUUUCCUCCGCCUUCGUGGCAUAACAGCCGCUCAUCUCCCACCCCCAGGCACUUCACCGCGCGAGUUGAUUCCUUUUCUGACGGCCCUCUUGAGGGAGUCAGUCCCCUUCAUCGAUUCCGUGGCGCCUAAACCUUCCAACAGACCUCAACCUACUACCAGCCUUGGCACCGCGCGAAGCGAGUGGAAACCUUUGAAAACAAAGUCAUCAAAGGUAGACGACAAUGGCAACACAGUAGUGUCUCUCUACGAACGCACCCUCUCCGCACCCGAGCUGCGCGCCAUCGAGCGCUCGGCCGGCCUUGCCACCAGCAAUACGGAUGAUCCCGAGACAUGGGCCUGUCGGCGCAGCGUGCACCGAGACUCAAAUGUCCCCGGAGACGGGUCAGCUAGCUGGGGCGAGUUUGUCACUUGCUUCAAGGACAAGCACGUCGAGUGCGAGGAGGCGUUUACCCCGAGCAUCGUGGGGACGAGAGUGUUGCGGGACUACGAUGUUGCUGGUCUACUACUUGAUGAUGAGCACGGGGAUAGGUACGGAAAUCCUACAAUGAAACUGGUGGAGGCGAGGCACAAGAUUGGGAUUAAGCCAUUACUCAAGGACCGGGUGUUUACAGUGUUGCAGGUUACCUGUUCGCUGCUCCCUCGGGAAGCUGGAGGUGCUGCUGCAGACUGUGAUGAGAUUCUGGUCAUCAGCAUUCCGAUGUCAGACAUUGAGAACUUUACUACUACUGCGGCAAGUCCCAUCAAGGGGAAAAGCAGCAACAAGGAAGAGGAUCCGUUUCGAAAAGAUUCCAUAAAGGGGUCAUAUGUCAGUGUCGAGCGAAUCAGGAAGUUGCCAACAACAGAGAACGAAAGCCAGGCACAGAUUGAAUGGCUCAUGGCAACGGCAUCGGACGCCCGAGGCUCGCUUCCUGGAUGGGUGCAGACCAUGGCGGUACCGGGACAGAUAGCUAAGGAUGUGACACUGUUUCUGGAAUGGGUUGCGAAGGAGCGGGAAAAGAAGGGGGGUUUGGUAGCGUGA